GCAAACAACCUUUACUAGGUCUUUGAAGAGGUCGAAAAAUAAGGCCCAGACGGAAUUACAUCACUUCCUAAAACCCAUCAAAGAGAGUCCAUCUCCUGAAGAAAUGCAGCUCAAAUGCACCCCGGCAGGAAGCAGGAAAUGUAGAUGUUUGGGUGCAGCAGGGAGCCUGCCAGAGCACCUCUCAGGUGGGAGCGCUGCCCCAGCAUGCGGAGCCCCGGGCUCAUCACUCUGCUCUCUGCCCUGGCGCUGGCUGGAGGAUCUGCUGGCAAUGACCCUGGAAAUGAUGGAUCAGGAGAUGGAUUGACGAUAAUACCCACUUUUACGGCAACACACCUUCCUGCUACGGGUCCUUCAACUGUGGAUGACUGUGAGCCAGUACUUGGAACUGCAAGCGCUACUGAAAGCAGCUUUGAAACACAGAGUUCUCCAAGUACUGAACUGAAUGCUCUGAAUGAUGAGGACAGCCUAGAAGCAGAACAGUCUAUCUUGAUAUAUAUUGUCCCCGUGGCACUGCUGAUCCUGCUGAUUUUGUUUAUCACAUUUUUUGUAAUGCAUCAUAAAAGGAAAAAGUCCAAGCAAGAUGAGCUGGGAAGUGAAAAUGUAAAAAGCCCUAUUUUUGAAGAAGACACACCCUCUGUUAUGGAGAUAGAAAUGGAAGAACUUGAUAAAUGGAUGAACAGCAUGAACAGAAAUGGUGACUAUGAAUGUUUGCCUACUGUAAGAGAAGAAGAAAAAGAAUCAAUCACCAAUCCAAGUGAUGGUGAAUCAUGAAGUCCUCAGGACAGCAAAGAACUGGCUAAAGGGAUGCAGCACACAAGCUCAUCAUCCCCCAGAUAUUGGAAGAGUUGCAUUUAAAUAUAAUUCAUCUCAAAGAACAGAGAAGCAAAUGGUUUUGUUGUGUCCUGAUUCAUAUGGUCUUCAGAAAGGAAACAUCACCAAGGGAAAAGAAGAAAAGAUAAAGGAGGGGAAAAAGAAGAAAAGAAAG